UUUCUCCUCCAGACCUACAGCACAGGAUGAAGUUCACACAUCGGAUUAUCAUCAUCAUCACCAUCAUCACCACUAUCCAGCUCAUCUAAAUUUACCUCAAAUACAGGAUUUUUUUUAAACUUAUUUUUAAUUUUUUAAGAAUACAUACAAAAUUAAGUGGUUUUAUAAUUCUUUUUAGAAUUUCUUUUUUCAGAAAAGCAAAGUUCUAUUAUUUUUAUUUUGUUUAUAGUUUUGUUUUUAUGUUUUUUUUGUUGCCUAAAUAAUUACUAACAGACGGUAUUAUUUUAUCUUUUUAUUUAUUUUACAUUUUGUUGUUUGAUUUGAUUAUUUUCAAGGUGGUAGUGAUUCCGAGUCUUAACAUUUAUCACAACUAUUACUAUUAAUAUUAUUAUUAUUGAAAUACAAAUUCAAUUCUACACAUUAAUACUGUGUGGCGAUGGCGAGCACGUGCCUGAAGCUGUGUGGUUUCGUCCUGAGUUUUGUGGGGUGGAUCUGUGUGAUCAUCACCACCUCCACCAGUGACUGGGUGAACCUCUGUAAAUACAACAUGAACACCUGCAAGAAGAUGGACGAGCUGGAGACCAAAGGCUUGUGGGAGCAGUGUGUGAUUUCAACAGCACUGUACCACUGUUACUCCCUCAACCAGAUCCUCCAGCUACCCGUGUACGUUCAGACAUGCCGAGCACUGAUGGUCUCAGCAUGUAUCCUCGGUUUACCUGCUGCUGCGCUCCUGCUCUCCUCUAUGCCCUGCUUCCAUCUUGGAGAUGAUUCAGUGAAAGACAAGAACAAACGCUCAGCGAUCGGAGGAACCAUGGUGCUCAUAGUGGCCAUAUUCUGUCUGGUGUCCACCAUCUGGUUCCCAGUUGGAGCUCAUCAGGAACAGGGCUUGAUGUCGUUUGGUUAUUCUCUGUACUCCGGAUGGGUGGGCGGGGCUUUGUCUCUCCUGGGGGGCUGCAUCCUCGCCUGCUGCUCUAUUGACUCCACCUCCUCAUACCACCAAAAUAACCGCUACUCCUACUACUCCAAACAGAACCCACCCACCAACCAGACUCCGCCCCCUGGAAACCACGCCAAGACUGCACAUGUCUGAAGUCUCUCGAGUGUAACUCUCUCUCUCUCUCUCUCUCUCUCUCUCUCUCUCUCUCUCUCUCUCUCUCUGUCUCCAAGUCUUUUUUUACCUUCAUAUCAUUGUUAUAAAAUAUCUUCAGUUUCUGAUGAUUUAUGUUUUUUUUUGUUGUUGUUGAUUAAUAACAUAUUGUUACACCAGUGAGCUUCGUCCCAAUGGUGUAAUACACACUGUGCACUCUAGUGACUAGUGUACGAGUGAUAAAAGGGUCUUAAUAAUAGGGUCUCGGUGCACUAAGAGAUUUUAAUAACAGGAAGUAGAACCCGUAUCUCAGUCGAUGGGGAAUUUAAAAGACGUCUGUUAGACGUCUCGUCCGCUGGACUGCCGUAGUCAGCCAGCGUCAGCUCCCGGUAGCCCCACCCCCUUUUCCUCAAUGUUAGCAUAGCUGCGAGUGCUGAGUGCAGGAAGCGUCUGACAUUCACACUCGGUUUAUUCCAUCAAAAUAUGUACGUCAUCCAGGACUUAAAGUGUACUUCCUCCUCCUCUUCUUCUUCUUCACCUUCUGUCUUUUCCAUUGUGAACACAUGACACACUGUUGUACUAUACAAUAUCAUUAUAUGUGUAAUUAGGAGAUUUGGGAUCCGGCUAUCGUCUCAGAAUUGAGAACUAUUUAUUAUUUUAAACCGUAUAAGUCUUGUGUGUGUUUAGUUUUCAUUUAUUAACCUGCUAAUCAACGAUUUUAGCUUUUUUAUUUUAAUAUAUUCUUCGUUUUGACUCCUAACACAAACUAUGUGAUAUAACAGUGCAGUAAACCUGAGCGUGUCGACGUUUAUUAGUUGUACGGUUGUGUCUUUAUUUUAUCUCUGGCUUUCUGAAUAUCUGGAAUAUUGUACAGUAAACAUUAAUACUCGAAUAAUCCCUCCAUUAUUCUGACUGAUACACUGCACUGUGCUGAACAUUACAACUGAACACUUAUAUAUUAAUACGUAAAACUAAUGACGACAAUAACAACUUUAAAUAAUAAAUUGUGUUGAAAUUAGAUAUUAAUCGGAAAUAAGUUCUUAAGAUCAUAACAAUGAGAAAUAACCACAAAGCAUGUGACUUUUUCCACACUUGAGCAGUUCAGCAUGUUUAAUACUGUAUCCGAUUCACUGUAAUGUUCACGGUGGCAUUUUUGAGGCUCUACAAAUCUUAUGUGAUUAAAUCUAAUAUUUUUAUACAUUUAAAAAAAACAGUUUUGCUCAUAAAUGUAAAUGUUGAUUAUUUUAAAAAAAUGUUUGUGUUUUUUUUUGUAUUUUAUUCUGAUUUGUUUUUUAUACAAAACAAAGCUCAGAUGGCCACAUAAACAGCUCCAGACUUAUUUAUUACAAAACACCUGCUUGUAAUUUUUUAAAAAUUAUUUUAUUAAUGAAAUAAAGUCUUUGUUUCCCCACA